AUAUCUUUCUCUCUCUCACGAUUUUGACGAAAUCGCUCUUAUAGUCAGACUGUUAUUAGAGGGUCACUAGUUGAUCGCAGCUAAGUUCAAAGGGUUCAGAGGCAUCGUAUGGACUGGGAGUCCCAGUCUGGGACGCUUGUAUUGUUCCGAGUUAGGUUGCAAGUUGCUGGAAAAAGUGCGUUCUCUCUGCGAGCCAAGGACGACGGGAUUUCUACAGGGUAGUGGGUCCUGCGGAUAUCACUCCUGACCGUGUCAGCGAGACACCCCUUCGAUUGCGAUCCCUUAGUGCGAGGAUUCUAUUUGUCAUCCCUCAGGGCGAGGCGAGCAGCGCAGAGAGACCGCGGGGCACAGCAGAGCGUUAGCGGCACCGGUGCAAUAUGCUUUGCUGAUCGUCGUAGCGCACAGAACGAGGUGUGACCUAACCGGAUCCAUUACGCGUUCUCGGUGACGGCGAAAGCGUGACUUCGUCUUUCCACUUACAUCACGCGAGAUCCAAAGACGGGCAGAAAUGGCUAGGAAAACCAGCGAUGUCGUUCUGAUUGCCGCAUUGCUGAUCAGCGCAUGUUCGACGAUGAGCGCAGCGGAUUGGACCAACGAUCUGACGCGCAGCAUCACUCGUAUGACCGAAAAUAUUAAUGGACAGGUACAGCGCUUCACCCAACAGUUGAAAGCACAGAUACAGCAGAAUGUGCAAGAUUCAUUGGAGCCUGCGCUCAGGGAAGCCAACAGAGCGAUCGAGAGUCUACCGAGAGAUGUACACGGACGGAUAAUAUCAAACAAUGGCAAUAUCAUUGUCGUCAGCACUGGAAAUGGCCUUUCAAGAACGAUCAUGUCCGGUCACACGCCAGACGGGGAACCGUAUGUGCGCGAUAUUGAAGAGCGAUAUGACGGAAAUAUCCUUUAUCACAAUGAAACUUCUUAUAAUCCGAGAACCAAUGUUACCGAAAGGAUACGUUGGAAGUUGGACCUCGCAACUCCAGGUGCCCAGCCUGAAAUGCUCUAAACGAGAAAUAAAAGUGAUAUACUCCUUUCAUUGUAAUAUUCUGCGCUUUACUGUAUAAUCUAUGUUGCAUAAUUGUUGUAUACAAAAAAUUCUAUUACACUGGUAUUAAAAUAUACCAUAUUUAAAUACGCUUAACUGGAUGACUUACAAAAUGAAGAAUAAUUUAAAUUAAUAAUGGUGAAUACGGAGAUAUUAUUGAACUUUCGUUUAAUGGAAUCCGCAUGAAUGUUGGAGUUUCUUCGUCGUUUGGGUGUUCGGAAGUUAUAAUUGCGCCGCAAUAUGUUUGAUAAGGAUAUAGUUUAGUUGAAUCCCGGGAAAGCGUUAUCGAUUAGUCGGGUGAGAGAACGCAAAACACGGAUUGUAAAACAUGACAGUAAAAGUAUGACGGGGAAAGCCACAGAGUUAUCGAGUUAUGCUACUGACAAAGCGAGCGCAGCGAAUUUUUAAUAAUAAGCUUGUGCAAGAGGUUUCGAAUAACUAAUAAACUUUCAAUUAAAAUGUGCGCCGACAUUAUCGGUUUUGCAACAUCAAUAUCGAUAUCCGUUUAUUACGAUACCGUAUUACAUAUGUAUAUUCAACUGAAUAAGCAUUACAAUGCAACAUUCAAUCAUUUAUACUUUAACUUUAUUCCAAUAAAACGCUUCUCAAUUAAACUAAACUUAUCAAUAUAUUUAUUCGCUUUCAAUAAAUCUCGAUAACUUAUCAUUAUAAUUUUAUAUAUAUAAUAGUCUACACACUCUUCGCUUUUAUUAAUUCUCUUCGCAAUUAUUAAUUUCGCAUAACACAUAAUUUUUAUUACACAGUAUUGCAUUACACAGUAAACAUUCGUAAAAUGAUUAAUAACAUAAACACAAUCAUGACGACUCUUACUAGAUACUUAUUACUUUUUCACGUAUGAAAUAAUAUUUUAUAUAAAAUACAUUUCUUUCGAGAAAAAUAUAUAUUUCGUGAAAAUAUAAAAAAUAUUUCUGCUUCACGAAUCACACGAAUUAAUAAACGCACGUUACGAGUGCGGAAGAAUGAAAUUAUUGUGUACGUCAUUUAACAUAAUACACAGGAAUCCAUCGUUUAACCAUUACGAAAUACAAAGUAUCAAAGGGCCGUUUCAAUUGAAUGAGGCACGCGAGGAAAAGGGAUGAAUAAGAAGCGGGCAUAAAUUUGCACGAGAAAAAGGUUUGGCCAAUAAAAAAUCAUUUGUUACGAUAUACGACUACGAAAUUUUAAGGAUGAUGGUAUGGGCGGAAUAGCGCUCGCGCUUUCGAUGCACACAUUCACUUAUGAAAGACAAACGCGACAUACAUAUACCUGCAUCACUGCGCAAAGGCGCAAACACUGCAUCUGACGAUAAAAAUGUCUACGCUAUGAAAUUAUACUUCUGAAUGCCUUUAUCAGCAACAAUAUAUGUAAAUGUAUUAACAAUAUAUGUAUAUAUGAAUAAAGAAUAUAUGUAUAUUAUA